UGGCAGAGGAAGGCUUCUGCCAUCUGGUAGCCUUUCAUACCUUGAAGAGCCCUGUGCGUGUUUGCAGUGAGGAGUUAUUUUUGAUGCCGGUUCUGACGUUAGCCACGGGUACUUCUGGAGCAUUUCCAAGCUGUGUAAAUGUCAUUGUAUCCUCUCUCUGUUUUUCCUUUUUUUUUUUUUUAAGUCACUUCAUUGCUUAUGUUGCUCUAUGUAUUCUACCAGCAUGGAAAUAGAGAACAUUUGGAGGACCCAGCACAAGGCUCCUCUUUCCAGAGCUGCAGUCCCUGGUUCCCUGCAGGGCGCUGUCACCCCACAUAGUGAGCAGAGGGGCACUGUUCUGAGCCACUGCUUUCCCUCCAGCAGCACACAGCACCGGUGUUUCACCGACAGCUGUGCUCCCAGCUGGGAGGAGGACAGACUUCAACAACCUCAGCAGAAGCUGGGAGAAGGGAGAAAGGAAUGUUUGUGCUCUUCACACUGCAGGGAAAGCAUCUUUGCAUAAACUCUGCUCACAGGGAGGGUUAUGGCAGUCUCUUGGAGCAAACAUCAAGCUAAACCAGGACGAUCUGUGGCUGGCUCACAUUUCUGCUGCUGUGCCUGGUAGAGCUGCAGUAACACUUGUGCCAUCUGUGGAGGAGGGGGUGUGAUUCUGAGGUUAUUAACAUCCUGCAGCAAGGCAUCUCUUCAGCCUGAGGUUUUUGUGGAUGAAAAGUGAUACUUCAAACUGGAUGAAUUUAAGUUCUACAUCUAUUCAUUUGGGACACUGAUUAAUGGUGUACACUGAGAGGCAGAAGAUGUUGAAUUUCACAGAGAAUGCAACUGAAAAGUGCAUUAUUGAUCAUAAUAUUCACCAGACGUUAUCCCCUGUGGUGUACAUAUUUGUAUUUAUCAUAGGAUUCCCAGCUAACUGCCUGUCACUAUACUAUGGGUACUUACAGAUCAAGGCUAAAAACGAGUUGGGUAUCUACCUUUGCAAUUUGACCAUAGCAGACCUGUUUUACAUAUUUUCUUUGCCUUUUUGGAUCCAGUAUGUUUUGCAGCAUGACAAUUGGACCUAUGAUGAACUGCUGUGCAAAAUCUGUGGCAUUCUCUUGUACGAGAAUAUCUAUAUCAGUGUGGGCUUCCUCUGCUGCAUCUCCAUUGACCGCUAUCUGGCAGUGGUGCACCCUUUUCGGUUUCAUCAGUUUCGGACAAUGAAGGCUGCUAUGAUUGUGAGUGCCAUUAUUUGGACUAAAGAAAUAGUGACAUGCUCGUUUGUCUUUGUGCAUGGGGAGAUCAGUAUGGAUGCCGAGAGCCAUGUGGUGUGUUUCGAGCAUUACCCCAUCAAAGAAUGGGAGCACAGUAUCAAUUAUUACCGCUUCUCUGCUGGCUCUUUCCCCUUCUUUCUGCUGGCCUUCUCUUACUGUGGCAUUUUACGAGUUGUCCACAGAAGUCACGGCACUCAAAAGAAGAAGAAACUCCAAAUUAAACGUUUGGUUUCGAGCACUGUCUUCAUUUUUUUAGUUUGCUUUGGACCAUACCACAUCCUACUUGUAAUUCGCAGUGUGUUUGAGAGCAACUGCUCAUUUGCUGUCAAAAUAUUUAACAUUUACCAUACUUCUCUCCUGCUGACUACAUUUAACUGCAUUGCUGACCCAGUACUGUACUGUUUUUCCAGCGAAAGCACUUACCUGAACUUUGUCAAGAUGCGAGACUCUUGCUUAAGGCAUUUAGGAUGUCUGAGGACUGAGACAAAGGAAUCCUACCAGCUGAAUGCUCCAGAAACUCCCAACAAGCCACAGCAUGAGCAUCAGCCAAGGUUAUUACAAGAAUCACAGGGUGAUUCUGGAACAAAGGACUCUUCCUCAACUAGGGCAGGCCAUCUAUAGCAUUCAUCAAAACGGGCACUCGUGUAAAAUCUUCCUUAUAUAACUGUGUGUAUCCACUGGAUUUUUCUGUGUAUUACAACUGUUUUACAUCCCAAAGGUCUUUUAGCAGAGCAGUACAGUGAGGUAGUCUCCAGAGGUGCCUGGACCUUAGGCAAAAUCACAUCUGCUGUCUGACUGUCCAAACCAGUCAACUGGCAUGGCUGAAAAACCACACUCAUGAUGUGGUUCUGUUGAAAUCACCUUUUCUUGCUGUUUGCCUCUGUAGCAGCUGGUGAAAAAGAUCUCCAUAAGCUGUUCAACAGGUUGGAGGCAGAACAAAUUAAAUGUCACCAAAAUUAAUUUUAAAAGGAAAAAAAUGCACUUCUGCAGAUUACUGUAACUCUCUCUCUCUGAAAUAACUCCUCCAGCAAGUUUCAAAGUGAGCCAACCUGCUAAAACAGCUGAUGAUGAAGUAAUGUGGAAUCUUCAGGGACAACAGGCACAGAAACUCAGAAUCAGAUGAGAACUUCUAUUUGUGCAUUGACUGUUGAGUCUCCUCAUAAGGCUUCUAUUGACUUUCAGAGGUAUGGGAUCUCUUGGCUCAGAUGAGGAUAAAUAAUUCAAGCUGUUGAUUUGGAAAAGAACAGGAGGUUCAUAGUACACAAGGCACUUUUAUCUGUGUUUUUUUUUGAGUCACUGUGUUUAAAGGUGAACUUAGUUGCACCUAAAUUCUACCAGACCUUGCUAAGAUUUUGAUUGCAUCCUUACAAAUUUGUGUGUCUUGUGCAGCACAGACUUUGUGGGCACUUAAAAACCAAUAUGUUUGUCAAUGGAACUCUUAAGUAGUUUCUGCUUAAAGUCUGUUUUCACCAGUAGUUACGAUAGCUAAGAUGUGCUCAUUAUUGAGUAAAUGUAAUAUCAGAAAUGUGAUGUACGAGUGAUCUCUGUGGCUUUUUGGGUUAGAUGGAAACAAGAUACAGGAAUAACCAGAGAUAAUGGUAGUUACAGAUGGGGUUGUUGUGCUACGUAUUAGUUGUUUCUAGAAUCAACUUCUCUAUUUUUUAUUGUUUUGGUUUUUUUAAUAUUCAUUAUUAAAGAAUGUGAGUCUUGUUUCUUCUUUGUGAACUCGCCGUACUUUCUGGUAUCUGCAGCUGUUACACCACGAAUAUUGCCUUAUCCUUUCACUUCUCCUCUGGUUUCAAGCUUUUCUUUGAGCACCUCUCUGUUUAUGCAGUCUGGAGUUGACAGUGUAUGAGUGUAUAUAUAUAGGUAUGCAUAUAUUUAAUUUCAAAAUUAUUUUUUGAGAAAGGCCAAGACAGGCCUUCUACGUUGGGUUUCUCAGGUAUGUCGCUGUGCAUGGUUUUGUUAUUGUUUUUUAAAAGGUAAUAUGUUCUAAGAAUUUUCUAGAAACCACAUUGGAAGUGCAAUAUUAAAAAUAAUUAGGAGAUAUGUUUAAUAAACAAUGUUUUUAUUAUUCUCUCCCUGUAUUUGUUCACAGAUUGUAUUAAUGAGACUACAGCUCCUCUCCUCCCUGCUGUUGCAGAAGGGAUU